AUGAGCACCAAGCGUCCCCGCACAGGUCGUCCCCUCGCCGUGCGCCGUCCCUCCACUGCCUGCUCCCCUUCGAGAUCUCCCCCCGCCCUCCCCCGCCCCAUCGUCCUAUCAACCCCUUCCGUCCCUCUCUGUGUCGCCGCUCUUCUCUUCCCCCUCCCCUCCCUCCCCCGACAGCAUGCGCCGUCGCAGGCGGCAGCCCCCAUGCCGGGGGAUCCGGGCGCGCCCAUGCACGCCAUGCACGCGAUGCCGCCCAUGCAGCCGCUCGGCGCACCCUACAUGCCCGCCAUGCCCCCCGCGCACUACGCCCCGUACCCCCCCAUGCCCUCCCCCGCGCCCAUGUAUGGGGCACCCGCCAUGCCUCCGCCCUAUGACCCCUCCGCGCACCUCGCGCCGCCCUACAUGCCGCAGGCCAUGCCCCACAUGCCCAUGCCGCCAGCGCACCCGUUCGCACCCUACCCCAUGGACGCCUACCGCCCCAUGCCGCCUCCGGGCAUGCAGCAGCGGCAAGGGGAGGGGGCGGACGGGCGGAAGCGGAGGGGGGGACCGGAGGGGAGUGGGGAGGGGGACUGGGUGUGCUUCAAGUGCGGCAACACCAACUUCUCCUUCCGCACGCACUGCAACAUGCGCAAAUGCAACGAGCCCAGGCCCCCUGCCACGCCCCUGCCUCCUACUCUCUAUGUGCACCCCGCUGCUCCCGCGCCCCUGCCUUCUCACCCACCACGCGUGCAGGCAGCAGCACCGGACGGCAGUUGGGCGUGCAGUGAGUGCGGCAACGUGAACUACCCCUUCCGCUCGCACUGCAACCGCCGCCACUGCGGCCGCCCGCGGCCCACCCAUGACACCGCUGCUGCUGCCGGCAGCGGAGGGGGAGAUGCCGCUGGCGCUGUGAAACAGGAGGGUCACAUGCUGCUGCUGUCAGGCAGCUCGAGUCUCGCUGUGCUCUCACCCCCAGCCCAGCCAUGGCACCAAGGGGCCGCUUGGGGAAAUGCUCUCCUGUAA